CAAUCAAGACGAUUACCAGCUGGUUCGCAAGCUGGGGCGAGGGAAGUACAGCGAGGUCUUCGAGGCCAUCAACAUCACCAACAACGAGAGGGUCGUCGUGAAGAUCCUCAAGCCAGUGAAGAAAAAGAAGAUAAAACGUGAGGUUAAGAUUCUGGAGAAUCUACGUGGUGGCACCAACAUCAUUAAUCUGAUUGACACUGUCAAGGAUCCAGUGUCGAAGACCCCAGCUCUGGUGUUUGAGUACAUCAAUAACACAGAUUUUAAGCAACUGUACCAGAUCCUGACAGACUUUGAUAUUCGGUUUUAUAUGUAUGAGCUGCUGAAGGCCCUGGAUUACUGUCACAGCAUGGGGAUCAUGCACAGGGACGUCAAGCCCCACAACGUCAUGAUAGACCACCAACAGAAAAAGCUGCGGCUCAUAGACUGGGGUUUGGCCGAAUUCUACCAUCCAGCUCAGGAAUACAAUGUCCGUGUGGCCUCUAGGUACUUCAAAGGACCGGAGCUCCUUGUGGACUACCAAAUGUAUGACUACAGCUUAGACAUGUGGAGUUUAGGCUGUAUGCUGGCAAGCAUGAUCUUCCGAAAGGAGCCCUUCUUCCACGGCCAGGACAAUUAUGACCAACUGGUUCGCAUCGCAAAGGUCCUGGGCACAGAUGAGCUGUAUGGGUAUCUCAAGAAGUACCACAUAGAACUGGACCCGCACUUCAAUGAUAUCCUGGGCCAGCAUUCCCGGAAGCGCUGGGAGAACUUCAUCCACAGCGAGAACAGACACCUGGUCAGUCCUGAAGUCCUAGACCUGCUGGACAAGCUCCUGCGAUACGACCAUCAACAGAGGCUGACCGCCAAGGAGGCGAUGGAGCACCCCUAUUUCUACCCAGUGGUGAAGGAGCAGUCCCAGCCCAGCUCAGAAAAUGCUGUGCUCUCCAGUGGCCUGACGACAGCACGAUGAAGACUGGAAAACGACGGGUAAUUCAAGAUGUUUACAAAUAAAAGCAAAAACCUUCGGUCACACAGUGAAGGGAAAAGAACCAAGGACCCCCCCCUCCUUCCCCUCCCCUUUAUACUUGGCAGAAAUCUAACCUGAGGGGGGGUCAUAAACCUCAGUUCCUCUCUGGUGGUUGUGGUUAAUGUAACUCUAACCCUGUGGUACCAAAGCCCUGGGCAAAUGGUCUUGCAAGAGCUCAACAUGUAGUGAUAUCCCCAGGGCUCGACACAACCGAUUCUGGUUCACAUCUCUAUGGAUCCUUCUCUUCCUUCUCGGUCCGGCCUUCCCCACGGCGCUGGUGGGGACAGAUUGGUUGUUCCACCAUCAGUCCUUAGCAUGCCUCUUUCUAAACAUGCCUUUCUGACUUGUAGACUCUGGAUGAACCAAAUUCAGGCUGGGGGUCAGCAGGUGCAACUCUGUUUUGAGGUCCGAGUCCUACUGCUCACUCUGGGCUUGAAUUUGGCCCUUGAAUUCCAGUUUCCAUUGUGAAUGCUGGGGCGGGGGGGAGAGGGGUGGG